AUGGCUGCUGCACUGCUGCCUGUGAUGGUCGCGGUGAUGGAGUUGGAGAUGCUCAAGGGGCAUCCCAGCAUUGUCAACCUGCGCAACGCGUUUGAGGACGCGCAGGAAUCGGGGGAGAGGCGGGCAGAAAGGCGGACAGAGGGAUGGGAUGGGCAGCAGGGCGGGCAGGCGAGACGUUCAGGGCAGGGGGAGGUGGGGGGCGGUCAGGAGGGAGGGGGGAUGCUCAAGGGGCAUCCCAGCAUCGUGAACCUUCGCAACGCGUUUGAAGACGCACAGGUGGGGGGUGGAAGGCGAGAUGGGGAUGCGGAGGGGCAGAAGGUUGCCUGUGCUGCUGCUGUGUGUGGGGCUGGUUGGACGUGCAUCUUAUCAUGGAGCUGUGCGAGGGGGGAGAGCUCAUACACCCACCUCCACCGCUCACCACUCCCCACCACGCCAUCCCACCCCUCAUCACCGCACUCCACCCCCCCAGGACGUGCAUCUGAUCAUGGAGCUGACGUGCAUCUGAUCAUGGAGCUGUGCGAGGGGGGAGAGCUCUUCGACCGCAUCAAGCUGCGGGGAAAGUUCCCGGAAGGCGACGCGGCGCGCGUGAUUCGCACGGUGGUGCUGGUGCUGCGGCACUGCCACGGGGCGGGCAUCAUGCACCGCGACUUAAAGCCCGAGAACAUUCUCUUGGUGUCGAAUCAAAGCGAUACCGAUCUGAAAGUGAUUGACUGGGGUGUCGCUACCUUCUUCCAGAAAGGCAAGCCGUGCACAGACAUGGCAGGGAGCCCUUACUACCUGGCCCCCGAGGUGCUCGCAGAAAAAUACGGACCUGAAGCCGAUAUCUGGAGCGCGGGGGUGGUGCUCUAUAUCUUGCUGUGCGGCCUUCCGCCCUUCUGGGGCACCACCAACGACGCUAUUUUUGAGGCCAUCAAGCAGGCGACGCUGAACCUCGUGAGGCCUCCGUGGCCGUCGAUCUCGGACGAGGCGAAAGAUCUAGUGGUCAGGAUGCUCACGCGGAACCCCAAGAAGAGGAUCAGUGCCGAAGAGAUUCUUGAUCACCCGUGGUUCGCGCCAACACCAGCUGACCCCAGCCCCUCGGUCAAGACUUGA